UACAAAUCAUGAGUAGUAGUAGUGAAGAUUCAGAACAUCUACAAGACCCAGACUUUCUCAGCAAAUCUGCAUCAUUGUUCACUCUUCGAGAUGCUCGUUCAUUGAAAGCGAAUUUCAGCUCAGCUACAGAAGCGAAGAAAGUUAUUCCUGAUAGAAAUGUCAACAUUCCACAAGAAUACAUUCUACCAAAUAUCAACCGUAAUAUGCUAACACCAGGCUUAAAUAUUGACCAAUUGAGUCAAAAUGAUCACGUUAAAGCAUUCAUUUACAAAUUGCAAAAAGUUGUUGAGAACUCAAGAUGUGAUAUAGGAACGAGUGAAGCUGUUACUGAUACAUUGGUGGCUCAUUUGAUAUUUCUUGCUGUUGACUUUAAUCAAUGGCCCUUGAUGGUUAG